AAGCUUGCCCUCUCCUAUGUUUUCCAGAAAUGACUUCAGUAUCUGGAGCAUCCUCAGAAAAUGUAUUGGAAUGGAACUGUCCAAGAUCACAAUGCCGGUUAUAUUUAAUGAGCCUUUGAGCUUCCUGCAACGACUAACUGAAUAUAUGGAGCAUACUUACCUCAUCCACAAGGCCAGUUCCCUUUCUGAUCCUGUGGAAAGGAUGCAGUGCGUAGCUGCGUUUGCUGUUUCUGCUGUCGCUUCUCAGUGGGAACGGACUGGAAAGCCUUUCAACCCGCUUCUGGGAGAAACUUACGAAUUAGUUCGAGAUGAUCUUGGAUUCAGACUCAUCUCAGAGCAGGUCAGCCAUCACCCACCAAUCAGUGCAUUUCAUGCGGAAGGAUUAAACAACGACUUCAUCUUUCAUGGCUCAGUCUAUCCCAAACUGAAGUUCUGGGGAAAGAGUGUAGAAGCAGAACCCAAAGGAACCAUCACCUUGGAGCUCCUUGAACACAAUGAAGCAUAUACAUGGACAAAUCCCACCUGCUGCGUGCAUAACAUCAUCGUGGGUAAACUCUGGAUUGAACAGUACGGCAAUGUGGAAAUAACAAACCACAAGACUGGGGACAAAUGUGUGUUGAAUUUUAAGCCGUGUGGCCUUUUUGGUAAGGAAUUACACAAAGUUGAAGGCUACAUUCAAGAUAAAAGUAAAAAGAAGCUCUGUGCCCUCUAUGGGAAGUGGACUGAAUGUUUGUACAGUGUUGACCCCGCCACUUGUGACGCUUACAAAAGGAAUGAUAAGAAAAGUACCGAAGAGAAGAAGAACAGCAAACAGAUGAGCACUUCUGAGGAGUCCGAUGAAAUGCCAAUGCCAGAUUCCGAAAGUGUAUUUGUUAUUCCUGGAAGUGUUCUUCUAUGGCGAAUAGCCCCACGGCCUCCAAAUUCUGCCCAGAUGUAUAAUUUUACUAGCUUUGCAAUGAUUUUGAAUGAAGUAGACAAGGAAAUGGAGAGUGUGAUUCCUAAGACAGACUGCAGGUUACGGCCUGACAUCAGAGCCAUGGAAAAUGGAGAAAUAGAUCAAGCUAGUGAAGAAAAAAAACGACUUGAGGAAAAACAAAGAGCAGCCCGCAAAAACAGGUCCAGGUCAGAAGAGGACUGGAGGACGAGAUGGUUCCAUCAAGGUCCUAAUCCCUACAAUGGAGCACAGGACUGGAUUUACUCUGGCAGCUACUGGGACAGAAACUACUUCAAUUUGCCUGACAUUUAUUAAAAUGCAGACAAGUCAGGGUGUUUGGCUAAUCUACAAAUGUCUUAAACCUAUGUUUUUAAUUUUUUUUCCUUGAUUUCUACUUACCUUUAAAAAAAAAAAAAAACCCUGCUCAUGAGAUAACUUGUAUUUCAUCCAAUAGAAUUAGGGCAUAAUAGAAUAGGUGAUAUUGGUGAUGAAAGUCUUAGGAAAGAAUGCAUAAUUUUGCUAUCCAAACAUAUUUGGAAUACUAUUUUAUAGAGAGUAAGAAACUGCUGGAGAAUAUGCUUUUUGUGGUUGUUGCCAUAUUUACUGAAGGUUUAUACCUAUAACUUUAGCUUUAUGGAAUUAUAUAAUCUCAAAUCAAGUUAUUUUGAAUAUUUUUAUGAUGGUCAUGCUUGAAUGUUUUAGAUGUAACUUUGAAAUGUUUAGAAUUCUCCUAUACAAUGUUUAUGUGCUCAAAUGCAGAGGUUAUGUCAUUUUGUAAAGUAUUGAUAAGAUGGCUAUUAUUCAUAAUAAUCCUGUUUUAUACCUUCCCUCCCUCCAAAAAGAAAUGCUGAUUUGAAAAUUCUAAAAAAUUAAACUGGAAAAGGUAUUCAUUUACUUUAGUGCUUUUACAGUUUUCUGUAAUGUCAUUAAAGUAUGUUUAAAUCCUACAUUUGAACUGAAAAUAUGUAUAAUUAAUCUAGCAAUUCAUAAAAAUGUCCUAGAAAGAGAUUUUAAUCACCAUCAUUAUUACAUAAUGACAAACCUUUUUAAAUGCCUCAACUUCUAGUGGCAAAUGCCAGAGAAAUUACACUCGUGUAUUAUAAAUAUCAAACUAUAUAAAAGGAGGUCUUGUGCAUUUCCAGUUUGCAAGAUACUAUGUACUUAAAAUAUGUAUGGAGACCUACUGUACAGUAGCUUUGCCCCUUUAAUUGGGGCACAUUAAUCUUAUGGUAUUUAUCCACCCAAACCCCAAACUAAAUAUUGUUCCAAGGGGCCUUAGGUAGCUACCAGUAAAUUAUUUUAAUUGCUGUCUUGAAGUUAACAAGUGUUAUAAUGAAAUAAUCUACCUGAUGCUAAAUAAAGGCAUUAGAAUGUUCCAAAAA